AUGAGUGACGCCAAAACCAACGUGGCCAAUGUAGUGACAUCCAUCAAGGAUUGUGCAGAUGUCGGAAUGUACACGUUCAGCAAAAUGAGUCCUCAACUAGCUGCAUUUGUUGGAGUUGGGUUGUUUGUGAAGAAUCUGAUCGUGUCGACAGCAGACGAUCCGAAUGGCCAAGUUUUGAAAAAUUUGAGAGAUGUGAGGACUGAGAUCAAGAGGCUAGACGACUCCAUGAAAAAAAACUUCAACGACCUCAAAGCCUUCAUUGUGGCUCAAAACUUUUAUAAUAAUAUUGCUGUUAAAGCUGCAAUCCUCUGCCAAUUCUGGUCUGACAUCACCGUUACCAACGAUGAGAAGUCUCGAGAGUCGAGUGUGCUGUUUUUCAGAGAAAUGUAUGAUAAACAUUCGCCCGUUGAGCUUUCCGAGACCCUUCUUCAACUUCUCAACAAUGAGAUGACCAACUUUUUAAAGUCCGCAAUGACCGCGGAUAGUUUGAUGACGAAGGAGGCGUUCACAACUCAUCGAGAUAUUAUAGGCGGAGUUUUUGCACAAUUUUGGAUGUUGGAGAGUAUUGCCAGUGGACUUUUUCAUGAUGGAAGGACGUAUAGAGCGGAUAAGAUUGCGGAGAAUUUUCAGUGGUUUGAGAAAUGUGCGAAGAAAUGGGAGGAAGAGUAUACGGCCGGCGACGAUUUUUGGCCGGAUAAAGUUCGUCAGUUUGUGGAGGGUAUUCAAGAUAACAAUGAGGAAAAGACGAUCGCUCAAAAAGCAGAUUUGAUCAAAGAGGGGCUAGAGAAAAUUAUGACAAAGGACCUCUUCUACGUCGUCGUAUGCCGAUCGGCGUAUCGAUGCUUGCUAGCCGCACACCCUGCAGAUCAAACUAUCGAGUCGUUGGAUCGAAAGGCGUCCAACGUCUACAUAUUCAGAAGCAAAAAGGGAAGAACUGCGAGUGAUGAGGAGAUGAAAAAGUUUAGUGAGGAUAUGAAGAAGAAAUUCGAUCACAUCUAUCGUCAUCGAUGGGAGCAAAAUAACAGAAAUGCCGAGUGGAUGCUCCACUCGCAAGUUCAGAAAUGGAGAGGAGAAAUGGAGAAUUGCGCGUUCAUGUUGACUGUACGAUCUAACGAAAAUGUGGAGGUCCGAUCUACCCAUACAGAUGUCAGGGAGCGUGGACCGGGAGACUGGAUGGAUGGGCAGUAUCAUCGUGGAAACAUUUUCAGUGCUGGAGAAGCGUUCCGAGUCGUUGUUGGCUUUCAAUAA